AUGCGGAAGGCCUUCACGAAGGCGUCAAAGAAGUGGGCUGAUGAAGCUGGGCAGGCCGCAAUCAACCGUGACCUGAAGAAGAUGAAGAAGUACUGCACGGUCAUCCGUGUUAUUGUGCACACCCAGCACCGCCAAAAGAAGGCCCACAUCAUGGAAAUCCAAGUGAACGGUGGCACCAUCUCCCAGAAGGUUGAUUGGGCCCGCAGCCAUCUGGAAAAGCAAAUUCCAGUCGCCAAUGUGUUUUCACAGGACGAAAUGAUCGAUGUCAUUGGUGUUACUAAGGGCAAAGGGUUUAAGGGUGUUACCUCCCGUUGGCACACGAAGAAACUACCUCGCAAGACUCACAAGGGUCUCCAAGCUCAAACGGAAGCUGCUAAAAUGGAAGCCGCUAAGGAGGAAAAUAAGGAGUUAGCUGCUCUCAUUAAGCCAAAGGGCAAUGCUUCAACCGAGUAUGAUCUGACGGCCAAGAAUAUCACACCAAUGGGCGGCUUCCCGCACUACGGAGAGGUACUAAAUGACUACGUAAUGCUGAAGGGAUGUGUCAUGGGUCCAAGGAAACGUGUGAUAACCCUUCGCAAGAGCCUUCUUCAGCAAACUGGCCGUCGCGCCACGGAGAAGGUGGCUCUUAAGUUCGUCGACACCUCCUCCAAGUUCGGCCAUGGCCGGUUCCAGACUCGUGCCGAAAAGAAAGCCUUCUUGGGACCUUUGAAGAAGGAUUUGGAGCGACCGAAAGUUACUGCAUAA